CACUUCUAAAGUGUUAAACUGUGCAGACGUCCGUGUCCACAGCGACGUACAAAAGUGCUUUGAGUCUCUAUUAAUGAAUAAAUCCACACUGGUACACUGGAUUACACACUGAAGAUAAAUCAGUCUACAACUCUGUUGAGAGGUUAAGUGUUUCAGGAAAAGGAAGGUCUUCAACUGCAUCACAUCUUCUCUCCUGUUCUCCAGAAUACACACAAUCUUCUGGUAAAGACAAAAACAUCCCAUUUGGAUUCCACAAUACUUUCUUCCACUCAUUCACUGUCCAAACGCUGUUUUAUCUCUUAAUUAAACCCACAGAGGACUCAGUGUUUCUACACUGGGGCCUGAAUUUGUGGGAUUAUGGGAAGCUUCAUAAUCUUUACAGGAAGAUAGUCUGAUGGUGAGAUGGUGAUUAUCCCAUCAGGGAUUGAGCCAGUCUGCAGUGUUUAUUCUACACUUUACACAUUCUCUUUCAUUAAUAUGUGCGAUGUUCAAAAUCUAUUUUCACGUGCCUUUUGUUUAUUUAUUUGUGUGUGUGUGUGUGUGUGUGUGUGUGUGUGUGUGUUUGUCUCCCUCCCUCCCGGGUGAUGAGUGUAAUAUUCAAAUCGUCCAGUAGGUGUCGCUUUAAACGUCCAGGUCGCGUUGUGUUACAGGAAUAGAAGAAGGCGUGCGGCAGUGUUGCUGAUUGAUGAUCUGAUCUCGGACUCUACUAAUCAUCUUUCCAUUCCAAUAUUUCUGACAGGGUUUUACCUCCACACUUCCAUCUGAUCCGCUGGAGCUGAAUUUGAGGAGCUUCACUGCGUUCUGCUGGAAACAUCAAGGAACAUAACAUUAUCUCUUCACUUGAACUUGGAGACCCAAACCUGUUCCAGUAUGCUCCUGUGCACUAAGCCAGCUCCAUGAAGUGUUGGAAAAGUGUGUGAGGUGGUAGAACUCAGCAUGUGGUGAUGAAGUCCACGGGUUCCAGACUGUAAACAGAAAGGAAGUUUAGCAAGUAAUAAAAGUAAUUGUAUAUCACUAAUGAUCUCAGUGUGUUCAGUUCACGUGUAACAUAUUUGAAUAUAUUUGAAUGUAUUGUGUUGCACUGGAGGCCAAAUGACGAAUACCUUCAGUGUUGUCCAAAUACUUAUGGACUCCGAUGUGUGCGAAAUUAAUGAAUAAAUGUUUUGUUUCCUUCUUCCUGCCUCUUCCCGAUGCUGUUAUGCGUUCUCCUGUCUUCUCCUGAUCUCCUCCAUUCUACACCUCCUGGAUUUCUCCACAAGAACAUCCAGAUCUCCAGCCGGGAUGAAAUCGGGCGAAAUGAAGCGCGAGAACCCGGAGUCCUCACUCAGCCCCGGUUCUCCUCAGAGCUCAUCUUUACUCCUGAACACGUCUCGGUGUCGCAGACGAGCGAAGAAAGAAGGACAUCAGUGUUCGGAGUGCGGUAAGAGCUUCACCCAUUCGAGCACCCUGAGAGAGCACCAGCGCAUGCACACGGGGGAGAAGCCGUACACGUGUUCACACUGCGCCAAGAGCUUCAGUCAAAGGAGCACGCUCAUAAAACAUCACCGGAUCCACACGGGAGAGAAACCGUACCGGUGCUCGCAGUGCGGGACGAGCUUCAGCCAGAAGAGCCACGUGAAGAAACACCAGCGCAUCCACAGCGGAGAGAAGCUGUAUCGCUGCUCGCUGUGCGGGAAGAGCUUCAUCGAGAGCGGCAAUCUCAUGAAGCACCGGCGCGUCCACACCGGGGAGAAACCGUACCAGUGCUCGCAGUGCGGCAAGAACUUCACCAGGUUGAGCAAUCUGCAGCGGCACCAGCGCAUCCACAAGGGCGAGAAGCCGUAUCCGUGCUCGCAGUGUGGGAAGAGCUUCAUCGAGAAGAGCAAGCUGAUGAAGCACCAGCGCAUCCACACCGGAGAGAAGCCGCAUCAGUGUUUAAACUGCGGCAGGAGCUUUACAGAAAGGAGGACGCUCCAGCAGCACCUUCUCAUCCACACUGGAGAUAAACCGCACUGCUGCUCGGAGUGCGGGAAGAGUUUCAGAGAAAAGGCGGCUCUCCGAGUGCACCAGCACAUCCACACGGGGCAGAAACCAUAUUACUGCCCUCAGUGUGGCAAAGGCUUCACCACACACAGGAGCUUCCAGCAGCACCAGCGCAUCCACACCGGGGAGAAGCCGUACCAGUGCUCCCAGUGCGCCAAGAGCUUCAGUAACCAGAGCAACCUGCGGGAACACCAGCGCACCCACAGCGGGGAGAAGCGCUACCAGUGCCCACAGUGUGGGAAGAGCUUCAUCAGACGCAGCAAUUUACAGAGACACAAACACCUUCCUGCCCCCGCGCUCGAGAAGAUCCUGCACCUCUCUCCGUGUGAAGGUCUACAGAUCAACUACUUGGAGAAGAAGCACGUAUGGCCCGGGAAGGCGGGUGUCCCGAUACUUUUGGUCCGGCAGUGUGGAUUGAAGAAUUUCUCCAGCCACAGUAGUCUUCAGAGACACGGGCACAUUCACUCAGGAGAGAAGCCGUAUCGGUGUCCGUACUGUGGGAAGAGUUUUAUUGAGAGCGGCGAUCUCGUAAAGCACCGGCGCAUUCACACUGGAGAGAAACCGUAUCGGUGUUCAGACUGCGGGAAGAGCUUUACACAGAAAAGCAACCUCGGAAAACACCUGCGCGUUCACUCCGGAGAGAAACCAUACCGCUGCUCAGAGUGCGGAAAUGCUUUUACGCAAGGAACCGAUCUCCGAGUGCACCAAUGCAUUCACACGGGAGAGAAACCAUAUCACUGCUCACAAUGCGGAAACCGGUUCAUUAGCCGGAGCUGUCUCCUGCAACACCAGCGCGUUCACACGGGAGAGAAACCGUAUCAGUGCUCACAAUGUGUCAAGAGGUUCAGCGAGAGACGAAACCUUGUACAGCACCUGCAAAUCCACAAAAUAGAGAAACCAUAUCAGUGUUCACACUGCGGGAUGAGUUUUAACAGACAGAGCAAUCUCCAGCAACACCGGCGCGUUCACACCGGAGAUAAACCGCAUGGGUGUUCCGACUGCGGGAAGAGGUUUAACCGAGAGGACGCUCUGCGGGAGCACCAACACGUCCACACGGGACAGAAACCCUAUUACUGUUCAGCAUGUGGGAAGAGUUUCACUCGGCAUGGAGCUUCACUGCGUUCUGCUGGAAACAUCAAGAUGAGUGGUGUUCUGUCUUCUCCUGGUGCCCACUUUCCAAUCAAUUACAAAUUUACCUCCACGCGACCUUCAAAAGAUCUGACUCGGACCACGGUGGAAGAGAUCAAAUGCGAGGAUGUGGAACCUACAGAGAGCUCCACCAGCCAGCAGUGGACGCUGGGGACGUUCCUCGCGAACACCUCGUUCAGAUUUAUGCAGAAGGAGAUCCACCAGUGCGCGCAGUGCGGGAAGAGCUUCAGCCAGAAGAGCAACCUGAACCAGCACCGGCGUAUCCACUCGGGGGAGAAACCAUACCAGUGCUCGCACUGCGGGAAGAGCUUCAACCAGAAGAGCAACCUCAAACAGCAUGAGCGCAUCCACUCCGGGGAGAAGCCGUACCACUGCAGUGACUGCGGGAUGAGCUUCACGCAGAGGAGCCACCUGCAGCAGCACCAGCGCAUCCACACCGGAGAGAGACCAUACCACUGCAUGGAGUGCGGGAAGAGUUUCAGCGACCAGAGCAACCUGCAGCAGCACCAGCGCAUCCACACAGGAGAGAGACCGUUCCAGUGCUCGGCCUGCGGGAUGAGUUUCACGCAGAAGGGAAACCUUCAGAAACAUCUCCUGUUCCACACCGGGGAGAAGCCGUUCCACUGCCCGGAGUGUGGGAGGAGCUUUACACAAGCAGCCGACCUUCAGGAGCACCAACACGUUCACACCGGGGAGAAACCGUAUUACUGUUCAGCCUGCGGGAAGAGCUUCACUCGUCACAGCAGUUUCCAGCGACACCAGCACGUCCACACAGGAGAGAAGCCCCAUCACUGCACGGUGUGUGGGAAGGGUUUCACUAGACACCACAACCUGCAGAGGCACAAGCUCCUUCACACGCACGAGAUCCAGGACAUGCUGCAGUUCUCCUCAGAUAGUGUGGACGUUACUGAGGUCCGUGCGAUUUCACAGGUUUAAUCAACACUAAGGAACUAUAACUUUUUCUCCACUUUAAGGAGAAAUGAUGCACUACAGCAGAACGUUCUUCUGGGAAAGGACGAGGAGGGACACCACGUUGGAAUACUAAUGGCUGGAAGAUGAGAUACAGAUAUUAAUCCAUUGUGGAAUGUGUGUCCAGAUACUGACGUGUUCUGCUUCAGAUCACUCUCAGAGUGAGACGACUUCCUACCUGAAGCACUUUGAUUCUACGUGUGAACUUUGGCCACACCAGAGACCUGGAGUGGCAUCAUGUGGUGCUGGGAUUUAAACCAAUGACCUUCUGAUUGGUAACCCAAAGCUUUAAUCUUUAAACCACUGCUGUUCCACAAUUAGACAUGGUUUAUGUCCAGCAUCAAUGUUCUCCCCACUAGAACUGAGAAAAACUAUAUGUUCAAAAGUUUGGACACCUGAUCAAAGAUUGCUAUGUGCUUUUUAAACAUCUCCUUCCAUAGUUGCUGUUAUAAUGAGCUCCACUCUUCUGGAAAGAUGUUUCGCUAGAUUUUUGUGCCGAUUCAUUCAGUUACAAGACUGUUAGUAAAGUCAGGUAGUGAUUUAGGUGAGAAGGUGAGAAGGCCUGGGGUGCAGUCAGUGUGCUGGCUUUGUGCACAGGGGCAUUGCCAUGCUGAAGCAGGUUUGGGUCUCCUAGUUCAAGUGAAGAGAAAAAUUCAUGCUCCUGCAUAAAAGACGUCUGAUACAAUUGAACGCCUCCAAAUUUGGAGAUGAAGGAACCACAAAUCACUGGAAAAGGCAGGUGUUCCAAUAUUUUUGUCCGUAUUAUGUGAGAGGUACAGGGAGGUUUUCAGAGACGAUUCAUGCAGUGCUGGUUCAAGUGGUAAAUGACCUGCUACUGGACUCUGAUCAGGGUCAUGUCUCCUUGCUGGUGUUGCUGGAUCUUACUAUUAUUUUACUAUUGAUCAUAGCAUUUGUAGCAACUCUCGGUACGAGGGGGUGAACAUGGUGCACAUGAAGUGGGGUGUGACGUGUAGCAGACGUGGGGAAAAAGGGGAAGUGUUCACCGGUGCUGCCUUUCUGCCGUCCUUCUCCAAAGCGGUGAGGAGCUGCCACGCUGAUUACCUUCUCCGUGCCCUCCUUCCACGUGUCUCUGCUUUCCACAACAGUAGUGCUGAACUGCCGCUGUCCGUUCAGCACUACACCGACAGUGGUGUUCAGAGCAGUUUCUCUUUUUUGGGCGUCGUCACAAUGCGCACGCACGCACACACACACACACACACACACACACACACACACACACACACACAUGUAUAGACAGUACCUUACAAAAGUGAGUGCACCCCUCACAUUUCAGCAACUAUUUUAGUAUAUAUUCUAAAGGGACAAAACUAUAAAAAUUAAACGUGGAUAUAUUUUAGAGUAUCAGUGUGCGGUUUGUGUAUCAGUAUUGAUUUACUGUGCUCUAAAAAUAACAAUAAUUAACAUUAUUGUCUAAAUAACUGAAAACAAAAGUGAGUCCACCCUCAGUGAUAACAGCUGUACGUCGUGUAAACGUGCAAAGUCACAUGUUCACUUCAAGUUUUUGUCUGCUUGACAGAAUCAUACAAACGUGUGUAUCUUGUAUUUGAGCACUUAUAAUUUGGUGCUUUGAGUCGAUUGUCUCAUAUUGACCACUGGAUGUUCUACAUGUUCUCUCAUUGCUUCAGGAAUGAGAGAAUAAACUGUGUGAGCCCUUCAGUGUCGUACUUUUCCUUUAGUGUCCCAUUACACUGCAGCUUAAUCAGUCUUAGAUUUAAUUCCUUAAUUACAGCCACAUUCGCUCCACAGAGAGGACACACAGGUUUACCAGCAGUGUCAGUAAACAUCUACUCAGCCUUCCAUCGGUAUCAGAAUCCACUUUUCUCUUCGCCACUGUGAGGCGCUGUUUUACAAUAACUGUACAAUAGGGUUAAAUACAUCAACAGAAGCUCGACUUGAUUGACGCUGGAAUGUUCUCACACACAAUAUUCACACUAAACACAGUUUUAACAUGUUCACUGAGGGUGGACUCACUUUAGUCUCCAGUGAUUUACACAAUAAUGUCUGUGUGUUAUUUUUAGAGGACAGUAAAACUGUACUGCUACACAAACUACACAUUCACUACUCUAAAUAUCUCCAGCUUUCAGUUCUACACUUUUGUCUCUUGAGAAGAUCCUACAAUGGCUGCUGAAAUGUGAGGGGUUCACUCUAUACUGUAGGUAUAAUUUAUAUAUAUAU